GUUAAGAUUCGUCUUUGAGUCUAGAAGGCUCCAAGAAGUGCUCACAAAGUUAGUUGUGUGACUAAAAUUGAGGAAAACGUAGACAUAUAUGUGUUAGUAGUACGAACUUUUCUCAAAUUAAUGUACUUAAUGAAUAAAAAAAAAUAAGCACUUGACUUGGUGCGUAAAUCAGUUUACUGUUAAUCAAAAACAAAGAACAAUAUUUUGUGCUUCCAUGGAAAGACCUAAUGAUAAACUUUGUUACUUUCUGCGUAAUGGACUAAUCAGUAAUCACAAUAUCCCGACAAAUGAGCACUAGGUAUUUAUAACUUAUCUCAUUGCGUGGGUGAAACUGUAUUAUCAUUUGUUUAGUAUAUAAACUACAGUUAAUUGAGUUAGUGCACAGUUCCAACAGGCAUCCAGCUAUUUCCUGCUUGUGAAGGUUUAUUUGUACAUAAAAAUUAAUUUAAAAUGUACACCGAUUUACCUCAGUUUACGCGAUGUUGCUUUUGUGCGCCUUUGAGGAUAGGCCUCCUGGCUUGGGGCUACAUUAAAUUGGCAAUAUCAAUUCUAAUAUGGCUAUUGAUAUGCGAUGGCAUCAUGCAUUUGAUCGACAGAGGUUUUGUAAUACCAGUCGGGACCAUAUUGUUUAUCAUUGCUGAAAUCAUUGACAACAUCUUCACUGUUAUACUUGUGGUUGCCGCUCAUAAGAAACAUGAGAAACUUUUUAAAGUUUCCUAUAUCUAUUCCAUAGUGUUCUUGGUUUUGUUCGGCGUUAUCUGUGGUCUGCACUUAGUGUACAUGUUUAUGUCAAUGAUGUCCUACCCUCAUCCAUACGUCGUGGACAUUUUCAUGACAUCCUUCGCGUCUUCAAUUGCAUCAAUUAUGGUACAGGGGUACAUAACUCUAUUGAUCCGAUCAGAGAUGCUCAAACUUCGGGACCGCUCCAACAUCCAAUUUAGCAACCUCGCCGAAGAAGCCCAGUGUAAUGCUUACGUGGAGAAAGUUUAAGAAAAAAUAUAUAAAACAAAUGCCUAAUGGAAAAAUUAGGCUUCCACCUUAUAGAGAGGAUGAGCAUGAUACGUCCACAUCCAGCCAACGAAUGGUAUUUAGCAAAGCUUGUCUCGUAUUUGUAUGCAUUAAUAAUAUGCUAAAAGAAAUUUAAUCCGUCUGCCUUCCUUGACUAGGUGUGGACAUAAAUGAAAAAAAACAUAGUCAUAGUAAACAAGUCAAUACUCAAUAUUAGAGUUAAACAGCUAGUUUUAAAGUUGGCCGCGUAAUUAUAUUUUACACGCUUUUAACUUGAAUGUAAGUAGGUACUUGUGUUCGGGUGCAGUUGAAUUUUGAAGCAGAUAUCUUCAACCGAUUGAGUUGACAUUUGUACACAAGUUUAGUUUGGAUGAUAAUGCAUUAUUAUGAUAAGCAGGCCCUGAUGUUACACCAUAGAAAAGCUCCCGACGAGGGAACUCCUCAAUGGUUUACUGCACGGACAUAUUUUCGUCACGCAUUGAAUGCAAUAAGAUCUUUCUGACAACAAUAAAAACUUGUGUCAAAAAUAAAAAACACUUAUUUAGGAAUAUUAUUUACAUUGCAUCUAAAGUAUUAUACAUAAAAAAUAAUAAUAAUAAAACUAAAUACCUACUUAAAUAAGAUAUUCAAAAAUUUUACUACAACUAUAAAUAAACUAUUCUAAAAUGCCUGUCUAGCUUUAAAAAAACUGAAAUACUUUUCUCAAUGGUAUUCUUUUAUUUAUGGUUUUAAAUAUAAAUUUUUCGAUUAUGUUCCAAUAAAUAAUUCUUCAUGUCAUAAAUACAUUUAAACAUGAUUUCACAUCUCAGCUGCGAGUCACUAUCAUCAAAGAGGGAAGAUUCUAAAUUCCAUAGAUUAAUUCCUUCCACACAAUGAUUAGGUAGCCUAAGAGGGGAUUUUGAACUCGAGCAUGUCUGGACUUUUAUUGGUCUGAGGUCUGGACAUAAAUAUAUAUAAUUACUUAUUAAUGUAAGAGUUAUUUUAUGACUAAGAAAAAUAAAAGUUUUUUACGGA